CACGAAAUGACAUCGUGAGGCGGAGACUGCAUGAGAACUCCCCAUCAAGGACAGCAUACAAUCCUAUUGAGUUUAACCACGCUCAUCCUUUCCUGUAUUUUUCGCGACAAAUGUGACUGGUCAUAGUGGGUUGAAAUACACCUACGCUCGAUUCUGUUCUCUCCCUUCUUUCACGGUUGCCCGUCAUCAUGCGGCCGAGAGACCCUCGCAUCCGCCAAACCCUCAACCAGAUCUCCUCCAAUCUUGAAAGCGCAAACGAAUCGGCCCAGGAAGGGAUAUACACUUUCUCUCAGAAUUAUAUCUCGCCAUGUUUUGCCAGUAUUGGGAACUGUGUCUACGCAUGCACGGCACCUUGUCUUCCUAGUCGUGAAGAUCAGAUCCGGCGUCGAAGACGCGGCCGGGCGGAGGCCAAUUUCGAUUUCUACGAUGACUGGGAUAAUGAUAUUGCCAAUGAUAGCCUGUUAGGCUGGGGAUCUGAUGAGCUGGAUCGUUUGCUGGCCGGGAGUGGUCUUACACGUGGGACUGCAGAACAACCACGCCGGCAGCGAAAGAUGAGUUAUGGGACGCGCGGGACUAGGAGAAAGAGCAGUGUGCUUGUACCUGAGAAUAGGAACGAUCCGACGGUCAUACCUAGCUCUUCAUUUUUGGGGUUUCUGGAACGGUUCCCUUGGAGAUUGGGAGCGCGGGGACAAAAAUAUCGUCCAUCGGCUGCAGAUCUACAGGAGCAUCCCGGAGCAGUACGUCGCUUCGAUCGUGAAGAAGAGCCAUUACUUGGGGCUAGUGAGGGAUCCGAGGAUCCUGUUUCUUAUGGUAACGGCAGAGAUCGGAGCGCAACUCAGUCGUCGCGGGAGACUACUAACUCCUUGAGCUCCCGAGGUGAUUUGAUCAUGAGUGACGAGGAAGAAGAUGCUGUACCGUUAGAUGAUGAAUUUGCUUUGGCUUUGGGCCGCCGUGGAACAGGAUUAGACUCCGACGACCAGUCUGGAAGAAAGUCUUCGGUGAGAAGGUCUACAUCGGGGACUGUCAGUUCUACAACAGAUGCUUCUUUGAAGGAAUUACAAAUGAAGAGGAAGCGAGGCAGUCGUAUUCAGUCGCCUCGCGUUAUAGCUGUCGAUGCGCAGACGCCUGAUGUACAGUCACUAGAUGGCUUGAAGAAAGAAGAAGAGCAAGCUGCACUCAAAGAGGAGCAAGAGAUUUUUAGAAAACGGCUUGCUGCGCAGAGAUUGGCCUCAAAUCGUGGUCUCGAUCAGAGCAAUAAGGUAACCUGCGAUGUGCAGUUCCUUAUACAUGUAUGUUUGGCUAACGUAUAAACCAGUCAAUAUCUCGUCCUUCUUUGUCUGGACGCUCU